UGCGACGCGCUCAGAGAGCCCCGCCUACCCCAGUCAGCUGUACGGUGAGUGGGUGAGUGUGGCAGUUCCGUGUUGAAGGCACAGAGUCAGUGUGCUGUAGGCGGUGGGUUAGUGGUAACCAACGUUGUCGGCAGCGCUUCAUACGGGACUCGCUAUGGCUCUACUCCUCCAGCACCAGUUCAAGUCCUUACCCGCUGAUAAGCAGAUAGACACUUGCAGUUUCCUGGACUCUGUAUCUCACCUGCCGACUUUUUUUGACUGUCUUGGACCUGCUAUAUUUUCCCCAAUCAAAGCUGAUAUAACAGGGAACAUUACGAAAAUCCGUACAGUGUAUGAAACAAAUCCCACCAAGUUUAAAACCUUGCAGCAGAUUCUGGAAGGUGAAAAGGAAAUGCACGGACCGCAAUGGCCAAAGGUUGGCGCAACUUUGGCUCUGAUGUGGUUAAAGAGGGGUCUGAAGUUCAUUCAGGUUUUAUUACAGAGCAUCUCUGAUGGGGAACGAGAUGAACAAAACCCAAAUCUAAUAAAGGUCAAUGUGACAAAAGCUUAUGAGAUUGCACUCAAAAAGUACCAUGGCUGGUUAGUUCAGAAGCUAUUCCAGGCUGCACUCCUCGUGGCUCCAUAUAAGGAUGAUUUCCUUAAGGCCCUUUCCAAAGGACAAAACGUGAAAGAGGAAGAGUGUAUAGAGAAAAUCCGUCAGUUCUUGGUCAACUACACCACCACAAUUGAGGCAAUAUACAUUAUGUACAACAAGAUGAAUGCAGAGCUGGACUACAAAGCCUAGCAAUCCUAAGGACUCCUGCUCUCAUUGCUUUUGGCUACCGCUCAGGACAAUAAUUUGUUUUUGUCAUUGUCUCCAGAAGAUGUUCACUGGAUGCUUAGAAGGUCCAAAACCAAAGUAACGUAAAGAUGAAUAUAAGGAUAUGGUGCCCACCUGUAAUAUGUCGAAUACCCUCUACCUUAGCAGUUACGUUGGUAACUUUCUCAGCAUUCAUCAGACAUUGGGCCGAAUUCAAUUAGCAACAGUACCUAUACCGCGGGCUUGUAGCCUUGGACUUUAAUGCCUGGAGCUAUUCAGUUCAUUUCCUCAGCAAAUGCACAUUAACCCAUAGAUACCCGAUUAAGUGCCUGGAGCUAUGGAUUAAUGUGCUCGCAGCAGCCACUGUAAGUGCAGCUUGCUACAAGCCCACGGUAACUGCUGCGGAAAAUUGAAUCCAACCCAUUGUCACCACCUUGUGUUUUUCCUAUAAAAAUCAAAGCAAAAUUCUGAACUUCUUUAUUAGCGUAACUUCUACAAAACUACAAUAAUUGGAUUUAUUUUACAAUAGAAGUGUCUUACAAUGAGGUGAACAUGAUGUUUACCCUUGGAAUUCUAGUGGGUUAUAUUGAACAUCAGCAGGUUCUUCAUAUAGUACAACUAAGGGAUUGACUGCAGUAAUAUUCCUGCCAAAGUGCAACAAUUUAUUUACUCCAUCUGGGAGCAGUUUUGGCUUGUAUUCUAAAUGGAAUGUGAUGCUAAACACUGAUAAGGAAAUUGUAAUUCUAUGAGCAACACAGAGGCUAUUGCAUGAAAAUAAUACUGCAUUUUCUUUUUCUUGAUUUUCUUCUGUCUGGAACACCACAAGCUGAGCUAUUACAAUUUUCAGAACACUACCGAACUUGGUAGUUUGGUUGCUUAUGACCCAGUCUGACAUACAACCUGUACUCCACUCAGUGGAUCGCAAAUAUAACUCUAAAGAUUGGUCAUUGGCAUAUUUGCACUGUAGACUAAUACGAACAGUCUAUACAAGAACAUUAUAUAAAAUGCAUAAAUACAUGAUAACAAAAUAAAUAGAAGAAAACGAAUGACGUAUCCCACAUUACUGGGCGCUACAUUAGGGCUCUGUUCAUGAUGGGAAGAACAGAGUAUAGGAAGGGAACCGUCUAGAGUUACCAGUGUGGAUGCUCACUGUGCGUAGCCAGAGAGUGCAUUUGGUUAAAACCAGAAUAAAUCAUACAUUUUCCCAUUCAGUAGUAUUAUUCACUUGGUUUUUUUUUAGCGAGUAUGUGUCUCCAUACUCUAGUUGGCAUAAUGCAAUAGCACUUAAUAUCUAACUAGUUAUAGUGAUGUAAAAACAAUUGUUAGUGUUUGGAAUAGGAUACAUUUUCUUGAGGAUGUGAAGUAACUGACCUAUGUCUAAUCAGAAUACUUCCAAAGAACAAAGCACAGGCAUUAUCUGCACUUCUAAACAUGCCUGUCCGGGACGCGGUCACAUGACUGCCGGCCGAGAUCCUGCCUGUCCGACUCCUUCUCGGAGUGUGAGAUUCUUUCUAAUGGUAAUAACUUGUCUUGAUCCUAAUUACUUCAUGGAUAUAAUUUACUCCAAAUAGUGACACUCUAAUAAAUUAAAUAGUGUGUAUAUAGCUCUUACUGCACUUGUCCAUCUCAGGACAUGCGUUGCAGAAUGAUCAUAUAGUGCUAGUUUAGCAGGGUGUUAUAAAGUACGCUGUCCGGUAUGUUUCUAAGUACUCACUCCAUUUUUUUUUUCUUCUGAGGGAUCAUGUAGUAUACUGUCCAUCAAAAUCCAAUAAUCCCAGGUACGGAAAACUCAAAGUGCCUUAUUGCUUCCAUAAACCAAGUAACAAAAUACAAUUAUUACUAAUGUGCCUUAUAUUUUUCUCCAAGAAUAGUAAUAUUACAUUGUCAAUAUACAAUAUUUAGAGAGUAUUUAGAAUUUCAACCUCUGGGACCAGUGUCCCAAUGUUAUUAUUGGCCUAUUUAUCAUUUUGCAUUUUCUUGCGGGCCCCAUUGUGUCUGUCCCUGUUUCAGCUAUAUGACCCUUCUGUGCUUAUGCAAGCAAACCAUUUUACUGUAUGUUAUAAAGAAUGUGAACCUAAUUGUAUUGUAUGGAAUUAAUGUAAAGGAGAAGAAAGUCCAUAAAAUGACUAAGGGGGUAAUUCCAAGUUGAUCGCAUCAGGAUUUUUUUAGCAAUUGGGCAAAACCAUGUGCACUGCAGGGGAGGCAGAUAUAACAUGUGCAGAGAGAGUUAGAUUUGGGUGUGGUGAGUUCAAUCUGCAAUCUAAUUUGCAGUGUAAAAAUAAAGCAGGCAGUAUUUACCCUGCACAGAAAUAAAAUAACCCACCCAAAUCGAACUCUUUCUGCACAUGUUAUAUCUGCCUCCCCUGCAGUGCACAUGGUUUUGCCCAAUUGCUAUCAAAAAUCCUGCUGCGAUCAACUUGGAAUUACCCCCUAAGUUGUAAAGCAAUUAGGUGUUCUAUUCUUUGAUACAUGACAGAUAUUGCACAUCAGUGAAUCUUCUGAAUAGAGCGCAUAGCCCAUUAGGAUGCUUUCAUGCAAAAUUCAUCUGCCAGUAAGUGAAGAAAAUCUGUUUCUAGUAUGGAAGCUAGGGCACAACCUUACAGUCAAGAUCUACUGACAACAAAGAAUUGUGUGUUGGGUGAAAUUUACUAAAAAUAAAGUACAAAAUUCUGCUUUUGGUGCAGCGAGGCCUCCUUUGGCAGUGUCUGUCAUUGCACUCUCUCUCCUAUUGAGGUGGGCUUAUUGCAAAUAUGUUGUGUUGUUGAUGUCCCCCUGCAACUUGAUGAAUAUCAUUGGGACAAUCACAGAGGGGUCAACAACACUGCCGCCAAGUAAGAGGAGAGCAGCUCUGGGCUACUUGGAGCCUUUGGUCUGACACCUCGCCAGAGGGUAAAUCAGAGUUUGUAUUUAAUCUGAUCUCUGUGGGCUCUGCCCAAAACUAUACUCUUAUGGGGGGUUUUGAGGGAAUUCAUUAAUGGUUCUACACUAUUUAUCAAAUGGGUGUAUCUUUUAGGCUACAGAUGUAAUAUGUUGUUCUGAUGUCUGUUCAUCAAUGUUAAACACUAACACCAUUGACCAAAUUGCUUGUUUUUAAAUGACCUUGUUAAUUUAAGCAAUAAAUUAUUUUUGAUGUUAA